AGGGAAGGCCAUGUCUGAGAAGAAAUCCCGAAGUUCGGACAUCUGUCCCAAAUGCGGCAUCUGCAGCUGGAGUGCCGACAGCUACUUGUGGAGCUGCAAGAAAUGCUCCCGGAGUUCCCGAAAUGAUCCGGGCCUUCGGGGUCCGGAGGGGGUAGGGCCGAUGGAGGAGCAAGGAGCACGUUCCACCUCAUGUCCGCGGCGAUGGAGAGAGAGGAAGUGUAGCAGUACCGUAAUGGGGAAAGUCGACAUAGACGUCCCCUGUCGGAAAGCCCUUUCUAGGCGCUCUCUCCGGCAGAAGUUCCAGGAUGCAGUGGGCCAGUGCUUCCCUCUCCGCACUGACCACCACCAACAUCACCACCACCAUCACGGCUGCCCAACGGGAGCCUACCGGGGGGCCUUUUCUGUGCUCCUCUGGACCAAGCGUCCGAUCCAUGUCACGGAGCUCAUGCAGGACAAGUGCCCCUUCUCGUCCAAGUCAGAGCUGGCCCACUGCUGGCACCUCAUCAAGAAGCAUGCCACCCACCCCAGCGCCAUUGUGGGCCUAGAGGUUGCCCAAGCCGCCAAGGCUGCACAGGCUGCUGGCAAAGAACCAGUCCCGUCCGCUUACACAUCCCCGCCUUCGACACCUCUUUCAUGGGAAGGCAUCUGCUUGAGUAGGCCCCUGAGCAUUGAGGACUGGGAUCUCUCCCAUCCGCAUGGCAGAGCAGCCUAUGGUGGCAGCCAUACAGAUAACAUCCUGGUCCCUGACCUCCUGCAGAUCAACAAUAGCCCGUGUUACUGGGGCGUUCUGGACCGCUUCCAGGCAGAGGAGCUCCUGGAAGGCCAGCCCGAGGGCACCUUCCUCCUCCGCGACUCGGCCCAGGACAAGUUCCUCUUCUCCGUCAGCUUCCGCCGCUAUAGCCGCUCUCUCCAUGCGCGUAUCGAGCAGAACGGCAAGCGUUUCAGCUUCGAUGGCCGCGAUCCGUGCAUGUACAGGGACCCCAGCGUGACAGGCCUGCUCCGGCACUACAGCGACCCAGCCACAUGCCUCUUCUUUGAGCCCCUCCUGUCCCGCCCUCUGGCCCAGACUUUCCCAUUCACCCUGCAGCACCUGUGUCGCGCAGUGAUCUGUAGCUGCACUACGUACCAGGGCAUCAAGAUCCUUCCACUGCCUUAUCAGCUCAGGGACUAUCUUAGGCAGUACCACUACUAGUGAAAUGGGGCUUGUGCAGUAUAAAACAAUGACAAUUUCUGACUUCAUAAUUAUAGUCCCAUGGGUUACUACUCUUCCAUAUUGACCAUGUUUCAUUGGUUUUUAGAGACUUGUGAAGACCCUUACUGCCUUCAGAAAGUAUUCACACCCAUAGACUUUUUACACAUUUUGUUGUGUU